AUGGCUUCCGAAGAGCAGCCGGCCAAGAGGCCGAGAGCUGCGCCGGAUUUGACCAUCGCCGUGGAUGAUGGGGAGCUGGAGGUGCAUUCGAUCAUCCUGGAGCUGGCGUCUCCCGUCUUCGCGGGCAUGCUGAACAGUGAUAUGAAAGAGGGCCAGGGCAGGAAAAUCCACCUGCCCGGUAAGUGCAAAAGUGAGCUGGAGGCGUUCUACAAAGCCCUGCAGCUUUGCACCAUGGCGCCUCUAACCCUGGAAAGCGCCGCCAUCCUCACCCGGUGGGCUGACGAAUACCAGGUCCAGGCUCUGAAAGACAAAUGCGAAACAUUUCUGAUAUUGAAGGCACCUGUAGAUGGUCCUGCCUUGCAAUUUGCAGCGAAGUAUGGCCUGCGCAAGCGCAUAAAGCAAUGCCUCAGUGCCAUGAAGUCCAAGGUGCAAGAGCACAUUCAGGAUCUGCAUGUGCUGACCACGAAGGAGUGUCAAGAGUACCUUCCGGAGUUCUGGCCCGUGAUCUGCAGCCAAACUGGUGUGGUCAUCGACAUGCCUCCUGCAGAGCAUGUGGCAAGCAUGUGGCCGUUUCUGGUCGAAGCUGUUCGAAGUUACACAGCUGGAAAGGGUCCGCAGAGAUCUGAGCUCUUUGCCUUUGGAUUUGUAUCAUACUUUGCCAGCUUCAAACCGUGCCGAUGCUCGUGGCCGCGACUUCGUGUUUCAGGCGCUCAAGGCCGUCGGCAUAGAUUCUAG